AUAUGCCUGUUUUUUUGCGCGUAGCAGGUGCUGGGGAGAGAUAAUAGGGUGUGUUUUUGUUGAGAAGACUGCUGAGACAAACACGGUUGUGUUAGAAAUACGUUAAUAUAUUUAUUUGUAUUAUAAGUUUAAAACGUAUCUAACGUUUAGGUAUGGCAGAGGGAGACAAUAAAAGUGCUAACGUUCUGGCACAGGAGACUGCUCAGCUGGAGGAGCAGCUGCAAGGCUGGGGAGAGGUGAUCCUGGCUGGGGAUCGGGUCCUGCGAUGGGUGAAGCCCUGGUUUCCUGCUGCCUUGAUGGGAGUUGUGUCUGCAGUCUUCCUGAUGAUUUACUAUCUGGACCCGUCUGUGCUGACCGGGGUUUCUUGUGCUGUCAUGCUCCUCUGCCUAGCUGACUACCUUGUUCCCACUCUCGCACCCAGGAUCUUCGGCUCCAACAAAUGGACCACUGAGCAGCAGCAGCGUUUCCACGAGAUCUGUGGGAACCUGGUGAAGACGCAGCGCAGGGUUGUGGGCUGGUGGAGGCGCAUCUUCGCCCUGAAGGAAGAGAAACCCAAAGUGUACUUCAUGUCUGCGAUCAUCUCUCUGUUAGCGAUGGCCUGGAUUGGACAGCAGGUCCACAACCUCUUCCUCACGUACCUGAUUGUGAGCUUCCUGCUGCUGCUGCCUGGACUGAACCAGCAGGGCAUUAUCAGCAAGUACCUUGGGAUGGCAAAGAGGGAGAUCAACAAACUACUUAAACAGAAAGAGAAGAAGAACGAGUAAUGGAGAGGAAAGACAACCCGACCAUCGUCCGUACAAGGUGCUUCUGCCUUGAUGGAAUCUCCUCCAAUCAGAAACCCUUUCACUGGGCAGGGUGGGGUGGAGAGGCACACACACACACACACACACACAUAGUUUGACAUACUGAGCUUUUUGAAAACGCAGACGGAGACCUCUUUGUUAGAUACCACUCCCACUAUUUUUUACUCUUUUAAUAUGUCAAAGUUCAUUAGUUAAGUUGUUUCCCCAAACAAAUACAAUUUAAUUUGUGCCUCUCCACCCCCCCACCCCCAAAACAAGGGAGAAAAUUGACUGUUUUAACCAAAAUGCUUGUUCUCAACUGGAAUGCGCCAUUGUUUUAAAUAUUUAAAUGCACAGAAAGCCAGGCUUCUGUUUGUAUUAUGCACAGACCGAUUCUUUCCAGCAAAACCAUGUGUUUGUUCCAAACUUGACUGUUUUGAAAGCGCUGUUUAUGUUGCUAUGAUCUGGGGUGCAACAGUUCUGUUAGAAAUAAGUCUUAGUCCCGUUUUAUGGUGUGAUUUGUGUAAUAUUUCUGUAUUUGUUUUGUUUUACCAAGUGUUGCACUGAAACUUUUAAAGAAACUGGACAUAAGUACAAAGAUAAUCCUCUGGUACUUUAUGAAUGACUGACUUGUGUUUAAACAUAGUGCUGUAUUUUACUGAACCCUGUUAGACUCUGCUAAUCUAUCUCUGACCUGAUCUACAUGAUCCCCUUCUCUGUUUCGAGUGCUUCGGCCUCAGUUUGGUUUUCUCGAUUUGUAAAUGUCUGUCUUGUACGCCUCUGGUAUUAUUUUUGUAUAUUUGUUGUAGACUGCCAAUAUUAUAAUCUCUACUUUCUUUUUUUUUUCCUGGCUUCUUGCUGAAGAAAUAAAAUAUUGUAAAGAAUUUAAACAUUUUGUCCAUCUGUAGAAGUUAAAAUAUAAAGACAUGCUUGCUUUGAAA